AUGGAACCGGGACUGGGAAGCAGCACUGUGCCACAGACAGCAGGAGGAUCAGGGGUACCACCAGCACCGGCUUCUCAGGUCUACCGCCGCGAUACAAGCGCACCAGAGUACGAGUACCACCGGACCAGCUUCAUAACGAGGAACGUGCCCUCCCGGUUCCCUCUGGAGAUCCACGUGCCCUCAAACACCAGGGACGUUGUUGCCGCCGUGAGACGUGCUAGGAUGCUGGGUGUCAGAGUUGGCGUUCGUUCAGGAGGCCAUUCAUUCCCGUGUAGCUCACUUGUUGAGAAUGGGAUAUUGAUCGACAUGAAGAAUGUGCACAGGCGGGUCUUGUACAAUCCGCAUUCAGGACAUGUCGACUUCGGGCCUGGCGUGAGGGUCAAGGAGGUCAUGGAUGAACUGAGCAGGCUCGGACGAUUCUUUCCGACCGGGCAUGCACCGAGCGUAGGCAUGGGCGGGUUCGUGCUCAACGGAGGUCAGGGCUGGUUCAUGCGUGGAUGGGGAGUCACAAGUGAGCAGUGGAUCGUUAAGAUGGAGAUCGUAACGGCCGAUGGCAAUGUGGUUGUUGCAAGUAAAGAGGAGAAUAGUGAUCUUUUUUGGGCAGCAAGGGGAAGCGGGCAGUGGUUCCCUGGCAUUGUGACGAGGGUUUGGGGCCGCACUGUGAUGAGGAAGAGGCUGUGGCACAGAACAUUGACCUUUCGAGUCGGUGAGGCAUACGAGGACUUGAUGAGGUUUGUAUUCGAGAGAGAAGGGAAAUCGCCGAAAUGGGGGGUCGAGGUUGCGCUGUGUACAUUCUUUCCAACGAGGUAUGAGAACCGAGAAGAAGAUGAGGUCGGGCCGGAUAAUUUGUUGCUCGCCGUUGAGAUCAUUGCGUUUUGCGACGGCCUGAAAGACGCAGAGGCAUUACUGAGCGUAUGGUCAGAUGUGCCGGACUCUUUGGCAGCAAGCCUGGUGCAAGACGACCCAGCCAGAGCCACAAACUGGGACGAGUUGUUCGCUUUCCAGGAUAGUCUGGUGCCAUACGGACAUGGAGAGAGGUGGCUGUGUGACAGUAUCUUGAGUCACCCACAGAUUGAAGAUGAUGAGUUGAUCACGAAGAUCAAAAGAGCGCUGUGCGAUCUCCCUACACGAUUGUCUGUAGGUUGCCUAUACAUCAGUCAAGCGACUCCGAAUGAAAAAGAGCAGUGUUGUUCCUUACCGCAGAAAUAUUACAUUGCCUCGUUUGUCGGUUGGAAGGAGGCCGGAGAGCAGAAAGAAAAGGCUCUGAGAGCGUGGCUGUCGUCGGUCUUCGGCGAGGCUGAGGAGGUCGGUUGUGGGAUGUAUAUUGCUGAUUUCGAUCAUCAACAACGGCAAAGCAGAGUCAUGACACCAUAUGCCGAGCAAAGAUUUGCUGAAGUGAAGAGGAGGUAUGACCCGGCAGACAUUUUCCCUUGUGUAGGGUUCCAGGGAGCCUUGUACUGA